AUGUCGUAUGAAAAUACAGAACCUCCGUUUGACACGCCAGCUUUUGGGCAAAGGGAGAGGAAACCGCGUGGAAAAAAUCCUAGCCAUCGUAUAAAGCUUCUCUAUUCAGCCGCGAGCUUGGGCUUCGUGAUUUCCAUGUUUCCCACGCACUGGAGCUCCCCCGAGCCCUCCAUGGCCCAAAAAUCUCGCGACGACCGCGAAAGGGACCGAGAUUCUAGCAAGGAUCACCACCACCGCGACUGUGAUGGCGACCGAGAUCACAAGCACUGGCGCCGCCAUGGUGAAGAGAAGCACCAUGGAUCGAGGGACGAGCGGCAUGGCGACGAAGACCGCCACCACCGCUCCCUAGACGAUUCUCCCGGCGAUCUCGAGCCGAGGCGGGACGAGUGGCACUAUGACGAUGACCGCCACCACCACCACUCUCAGGAGGACUCCCCCUCCGAUCUGGAGUGGAGAUGUGAGCGAUCGACAAGAAGGACUAGGGAUUCGGUCGAGUGGGAUAGGGUUUCCCAUGAGCAGUCCGUGGAGAGGUGCCAUCACUCAUCCUCCAUGAGGAAGAGGAAGGAGCGCAGAGGAGAUGAGGAGGAAUUGAACAAGAAUGACAAGCGGGUUAUGGUUUCUGAUGAGGGGAGAGAGGAGAAGAAGGAAAGGUGGCAUGUUGAGGACCGGGCUGCAGAAGAUUCAAGUAAUCUGAAUGAUGUUUACAAAGAAGAGAGGGUUUCGAAGAAUAGUAAGAAGGAAGAUGGAUUAAGGGUUAUGGAAGAACAUAGGGAGAAGAAUAUGGUGGAAGAAGAGGUCGCGAGCGAUGCGGAAAUCAAGAAAAAACGGAAAGAAGGGAAGAGGUUGUCAUUGAAAAAUAAAUAA